AUGGACAUCAAAAGCAGCGUAGAACUUCUGGAAGCUUUGCGGUCAGUGACAGAAUGCCUCCCCAAUGUGUUUGUGGCCAGCAAACUGGAGCAUAUCGUCUAUUCUGGUUUCUCCAGAUUACAGUCGGAUAUAAAUUGUAUGAAGGAUCUACUGAGGCAUCAUGUGCAAUGGAGAUACGUUAUCAACAUGCCGGGUCAAGAAUUUCCUCUAAGAACAAACCUUGAGAUGGUGCGGAUUCUCCAGAAAUACAAUGGGGCUAAUGACAUCGAGGGAAUCACAGGGAAUCGCAUGCUGCCUGGACGGUACAUGUUCAAACAUGAAUAUAUAACAGACGAACAAACGGGUCAACUUAGAAUGGUCCAAACUAAAAAGAAGCACCAGCCGCCUCCCUAUAACUUGAGUGUGGUGAAAGGAAGCGCCUAUGGAACAUUCUCCAGGAAGUUUAUCCAGUUUGUGAUCGACAGUCCAAUAGCCAAAGAUCUCCUGCAGUGGGCAAAGGAAAUCAAUAGCCCAGACGAAUACUUUUGGGCUACCUUACAUCACAGCACCGAAGUAGCGGUUCCUGGUGGCUACACAGGGAAGCCAGAUCUGAAGCCCUGGCUAACAGUCUACGCUUCGUGGGAUGGUAGGGAUCCAUGCGCCACAAUCCACAAAAACGAACUGUUUGCCAACAAGUUUUACAUCACACACCACCCUGCUGCUCUCCAUUGCUUAGACGAACUCUUGUUCAACCUCACCUUCACCAGAUCUACGCGCAACCUGACCUACUACGACAGUCUUCCAUUUGCGUUAAAAGUUAAUUAA